GAGAGUUUGUUGCAGUCCUCGGGAAAGUUGUGCAAACGGAUAUUCUCGCAAGGAUUGUGUUCAGGGCAUGGAAAAGCCCUUCCCUGUGAAGGAUGCACCGCACAUCACUAAGUCUUGUUCUGCUGUGUGCCCUCGUCUUGCACACUUGCUUAGCACGGCCUUGCAGGGAUGCUCUCGUCUCCCCACUGUACGCCUCAUCUUUUUUAGCCUCCUCCAAGUAUAGCGUUUUAUACUCUCCAAAUCUUGCAAGACUUCACGGUAGCAGUGGAUGGUCACCAUCACCAAGUGACCAGCACCCAUGGCUCCAGAUCAAUCUGAACUACAAGUACAGGAUCACGGGCAUCUCUACACAGGGCACCUUCAACAGCAACGACUGGGUGACAAAGUACAUGCUGCUUUACGGAGACCGGCCUGACAGCUGGAAACCCUAUGUCCAGCGAGCAGGCAAUAUGACUUUUGCAGGGAACUGGAACAACUACCAGGUGAAGAGACACUACUUCCACUACGCCAUCACAGCCAAGCACGUCCGCUUUCUACCCAUGGAGUGGAACCCUGAUGGCAAAAUCGGAGUGCGACUGGAGCUCUACGGCUGCUACUACGGCUCGUACGUCAUGGCGUUUGACGGGGACGACGUGAUGUCAUACAGGUUCAGAAAGAGGACUAUGAGGACUCUGCAAGAUGUCAUCUCCCUGAACUUCAAAACGCUGGAGAAGGAAGGCCUUUUGUUACACAGUGAGGGAUCGCAGGGAGACUUCCUCACGCUGGAGCUUCAUGACUCGAAGCUUGUCUUACACAUCAGCUUAGGCUCUAGCAACACCCAGGACAUCACUGGCAACACGACUGUCUCUUUGGGCAACCUGCUUGAUGACCAGCACUGGCACUAUGCAACCAUCCACCGAUAUGGACGACAUGUCAACUUUACCCUUGAUGGUCAAACCAACAGAUUCAUCUGCAACGGAAACUUUGACAACCUGGAUUUGGAUAAUGAGAUAUAUGUCGGGGGGGUGAUCAACCCUGUCAAACCAUACCUGCCACAUAAGCACAACUUCAGAGGCUGCAUGGAGAACGUCUUCUACAACGGGGUCAACAUCAUCGACCUGGCCAAAUCAAAGGACACCCAGAUCCGCUUCCCUCCCAGGAAGAAACCAGUGCGGUACGCCUGCCAAGAUGUGGUUCUCAGACCAAUGACCUUCAACGGAGCCAACAACUACCUGCAGGUGCCAGGUCCCAUGAGGAAAAUCCGGAUGUCGGUCAAGUUUAAAUUCCGGUCUUGGGACACCAUCGGGCUGCUCAUGUUUACCAGCUUUGCAGACAAAACAGGAUCCUUGGAGAUGGUCUUGAGUGACGGCCAGGUCAACAUCACAAUGACGAUAGCAGGAAAAAAGCCUCUAAAGUUUGCCGCAGGAUACCGGCUGAACAAUGGCUUUUGGCACUCAGUGGACCUUGUGGCACGGGAUGGUUCUGUUACCGUCAUCAUUGAUGAAGAAGAGGGGUCUCCAUUUCGGGUGAACAGCGAAUUCACCUUGCGCACUGGGGACAAGUACUUUUUUGGAGGGUGUCCAAAAGUAAACAACGACACCGACUGCCUGUCCAGCAUCAUGGCGUUUCACGGUUGUAUGCAGCAGAUCUUCAUUGACGGUGAGCCGAUUGACGUGGACAUCAUGCAGCGCCGCCGAUGGGGAGUUUCUUUCCAGAUUCUGCAUGGAACCUGCGCCUUCACCGACAGGUGCACUCCAAACCUCUGUGAGCACGAAGGACGGUGUAUUCAGUCGUGGGACGAUUUCAUAUGCAAUUGCGACAACACGGGGUACAAAGGGGAAGUGUGCCAUAAAUCCGUCUUCAAGGAGUCCUGUGAAGCUUACCGGCUCAGUGGCAAGAUCUCCUCGGGCAACUACAGCAUUGACCCCGAUGGCAGCGGCCCACUCAAACCCUUCUUCGUCUACUGUAACAUGAAAGUGGACAAAGGCUUAACAGUCGUGCACCACAACCGCAUCUACACAACCAAAGUGUCUGGGAGCACCAUGGAGCAGCCCUUUGUGGGGGACGUGCUAUAUAACAACGCCUCGUGGGAUGAGGUCUCCAUGCUCGCCAACAACUCGCUCUUCUGUGAGCAGUACAUUGAAUACAACUGCUACAAGUCCAGGCUGCUCAACACGCAGUCCGGAUCACCUUAUGCAUUUUGGAUUGGGCGGAAUGACCAGAGGCACUUUUACUGGGGAGGAUCGUAUCCAGGAAUAAGGAAAUGCGACUGUGGGAUCAGGAAGGACUGCACAGAUAACAGGUUCUUCUGUAACUGCGACGCGGACUACAGGCAAUGGUACUCCGACAAAGGAAUUCUGAAGUACACGGACCACAUGCCGGUGACCCGCGUGGUCAUUGGAGAUACCAACCGCACUGGCUCGGAGGCCACGUUUUACCUGGGACCUCUGCGUUGCUAUGGUGACCGAAACACCUGGAACACGGUAACCUUUCAAAAAGUGACACACAUGCUCUUCCCAACUUUCAGACCGGGGACCAGUGCAGAUAUCUCCUUCUAUUUCAAAACCACAGCAGAUUUUGGGGUUUUCCUGGAGAAUUCUGGGUACAGACAUUACAACUUCAUCCGACUGGAAAUGAACACAACAACAGACAUGGCUUUUGUGUUUAAUGUGGGCGAUGGCAUCGACAAUGUGACCUUCAGGUCCUCCUUUCCCCUUAACAAUGACGAAUGGCACUACGUCAAGGCUGAGAUCAACGCCAAGCUGGCCAGGAUCAAGGUGGAUAACAUGACGUGGGUGGUGCGCAGAUUUCCUCCACACACUUACAUCAGCAUGGAGUUUAACAAGCCACUCCUGGUGGGUGCCGCUGAGAACAAGGUGCAGGGCUUCCUGGGCUGCCUGCGGGGAUUACGGAUGAACGGGGUCACACUGGAUUUGGAGGGCAAAGCCAACGACAAGGAAGGCAUAAAGCAGAACUGCACUGGUUUCUGCUGGAACCCCAAGGUGCCAUGUCGGAACGCAGGCCGGUGCAUCGAGAGGUACAGCGCCUAUGAGUGCGACUGCAACAACACGGCCUAUGAUGGGAUGUUCUGCCACAGAGACAUCGGCGCAUACUUUGAGCAGGGCACGUGGGUGCGUUACACCAUCCGCUCGGCUGCCAUCACUGCCGCUGCAGAAUUUGCCAGCUACGUGGACGCUUACAACUUCAGCCUGGGCUACAACCAGACCAGCGAGGAGAUGUCGUUGAGUUUCCGCACCACCCAGUCCCCGGCCGUCCUCAUGUACAUCAGUUCCUUCACUCCUGACUACAUAGCACUCAUCCUCAGGAAAGAUGGGAGCCUGGAGCUGAGGUACAAACUUGGACUUCUGAGUCCAUCCUUUGUCGCCAGCCAGAGGAAUUUAUCGGAUGGACAACCUCACAUAGUGAACAUCACUCGGACUGACAGAGACAUCAGGAUAGAGGUGGACUACACUGCACCGCUUUGGAUGAAAAUACCACUGAUAAGUAGCACCAAAUUUGACUCCCCGAAAUCGAUGUUCCUUGGAAGAGUGAUGGAGACGGGAAGACUCGACCCAGAAAUUCAAAAGUACAACUCCCCCGGGUUCACAGGCUGCAUGUCGGGUGUCCGCUUUAACAACAUCGCACCGCUGAAGUUUCAUUUCCGACCAAACGGGACUCUCUUUAACCUGAGUAUCUCAGGGAACCUUUACGAAUCCAACUGCGGUGCUAUGCCAUGGCUGCCCCCACUCAUCCCCCUUGAAGCCGACCCCUGGUAUAUUAAAAGAGUCUUACCCUACCUCCAUGACGACUUGCCCAGUGGCCCUGUACUUGCACUUAUCAUCCUGUUGGUUUUACUCCUUUUGGUGGGUCUCCCACUCUUCCUGUACUUCCAUUUCUAUCGCUACAAAGGAACGUAUACCACCAAUGAGCCUAAAACGGUGGAAUCCCCGAGCAGUGCCAAGCCUCUGACGGAGGCCCCCAGGAAAGGCGACAACCUGCCGCAGAUAGAAGAAGAAGAGGCCAGAGGAGAAUAGCCAUCAGGUGAACGUGGAGGUGGGGUGGAGAAGCUCCAGCAGCUCGGUGCAGGAUGGACACCUAAAUUAUUUUAUUUGUCCCAUUAUUUAUUUUUUUAAUUUUUAAAAUUCAUAAUAAAUUUAAAUCAGACUGCCAAUCAGGAUGAUCUAUUCGAAAGUGGAGAUAACACACCGAGGAAAAGGAAGGAAUACACCGGUAGCACACUUGUGUGUGGCACUUGAGGGUCUGCUGGACUGACAGAAGUGCCUGAAAACAGCUCUGCUCUAUUUUAAAAUCAAGAAAGGUCUUCCUUUAUUUCUAAAACUCGUCAUCUGUAGUCUAAAACUGCCAAGCAGAAAGUUUAAAUUACACUGUUAUUAGAAUAGCAGAGAUAUACUGUAUAUGGUGGUGAGUCAAAUAGUAUAUGCAGUGUGUUUGUCUCCAUUUCUGCAAUUAGUUGAAUUUUGUGCAUAAGCUAAAUUUCCUCAAAACAAAAAGCGACCACCUUCCCAUUUGGUGUUGGCUAUUGAGACGUCUUCUGCCAACGGUCACUCCACAUGCGCCGGCAAAUAGCACUAUGCACUUAAGACUAAAAAUUCUAGGAUUUGCAGUGACGGGCUCUGAAUAAAAACAGCAAGAACAACGGUCACAAGGUGCUCUCUGAUUGUGUGACAAUCACGUACUUUCAAAUCGCUGCAUCUGGCAACAUCCUGCGGCUUCAAAUGAUCCUUUGUCUGAACCCUCAAAGGUUCGAGUCGGUUUCUGUAAGGCCUCGCAAUUGUUGGAAAUACACACGCUGUUAGCACUAACCUGUCCAUCCAGUACAGGGUCACGGUGCCAAUCCCAGCCACACUGCCUGCAAAGCGGGAAAUACGCCCUUAAUACACCACCACUAAUGUGAAGGAUUAUGGGAGAUCUGUAAACAGUAUCAAGCAUUUAUCAAUGAAUGUGAAACCCUACAUCACCUCUCAUGCAUGUCCAACAUGUGUAAAGAACUGCCUAAAGCUGACAGAUGCAGCUGUAAGAGGUUGUUGUGUUGUCCUCAAGCGUAGAGGCCUGUAUUCCAUAAUGAAGGGGAGCUCAUCUUAAUAAACACAUUGCUGGUUCUCUUUGUGCACAUGUGUGUAAUUACAGAUAAUAUACUGUAUAAAGCCAAAAAGGGGACCUCACCAAUAUACAGACACUUAAAUGUGGACCCCUUUGCACCACUUUUAGCACAUCCUGUGUUGAGUCACUGAAUUUAUAGGGUGGGAUUCUGACCCACAUUUAUACUAGAAAAGAAAGUUAACUAAAUUGCCAUUAAUAGAGGUGAGAAGUUAUCUUUGGAAGAUUUCACAUACCUGCUGUAUUAGGUUCUGAUUCAGUAAAGAGCUCCACGUCAUCCUGGAAGGACCCUCCACUGAUGAAAGACAGAAACGCUCCCCAAUCCGAGGCCAGUCACCUUCAUGCCAGCGGCUAUUACUGGAUGUUAAUGUGUUUUGCCUGGUGUGCGCCGUACUUCAACCGCAGGGUCUUGUACACUGUUCAUGGUGUUUGCCCCACGCCUUAACAAUAAUAAAAUAAUUCUUUACAUUUAUACAAAGAGAUAAUAAACGGGACGUCACACAGAUACACAAAUGUGCGUUUCUGACUUAAGUUCCACUUCUCUUUUAAUGAGGUACCAGUCAAAAUUUUUCUAUCUGGACUAAAGGCAUUCUGGCCUAGUCGGAAUUUGUAUGUACAGGCCAUCCAGAUCUUCUGUCUCACGUCUAUUUGUUUUUGCCACGAUCCUUGUAUGUGUAUAUUAAACACGUCUACAGUUGUUACUUAAUAACAACCAACAGAAUAUUCAAAAAAUAAAAACUAAUAGUAAUGUAUGUUAAGUGACCCGUGAGUUGACCAUCUUGUAUUGUUAAGACUUUGUUUUUCAAAGCCCAAUAUUUCCACUGUCAUACAUCAUAAGACGUUUUUACUAAAAGCGCUAUGUAAAUGUAAAGAGUUAUUAAGUUCAGUAUGCCUUGUAUAAAUGACAGCAAUAGAACACGGCGACAUUUCAUAUGAAUGUGAUGUAAGGAUGUCGAGGAGCAUCCCGCUGCAGCAAGGACAGUUUUUAGCCUCUGGACAGAUCUGCGCACCUCAGACACCGAGAAGCUUUCUACGCAAGCACAGGCAUUCACUCUCGAAGGAUGUUUGCCUGUUUAUGGCAAAGUCGUCCUCUCGUAAACGUUCAAUCGCUAUUAUUAUAUGAUACUAUUCUCAACAUAAAAAUGUACAUUUUUUUUUUUACCUUUAUUGUUGAAUUUCCCCAUAGGAUGAAUCUAAUAAAAGUUUAGAGAGUUCUUAUUGCAGAUAAUAAUAAUACAACAGCAAAUAACAUGUUCAUUUCCCUUUAAAGUAGACAUUAUAAAUCUUAACUUUUCAAACACAAAGUUCAUAGCUUUUGAAUUAUAUGACCUGUAUAACACCGUUCUCAUCAAGGUUAUGCAAAUGCUGAGUGCCGAGUCUUGAUAAUGUCUGAGAUUGUCGGAGAGUGUCCUCAGGGUGUCUCAGGUGGCUGAAUGAGCCCGAGGCUUCAGAGUGUCUCGUCUGCAGCUGGAGUCUAUUGAAGAUGUCUGCCGGCAUAUAUUAGGCCAACUAUGUGCAUUGUGUUAGGAUAACAGCCUCGUACGUAAAUAAUGAACCACAGCAUUUUAUUUCAAGGACAGCUGUAUGUGAUGUAGGUACUUACUUAUUUAUUUUGAUUUAGAGCCCACCUUUUGCAAACUAAAUUAUUGCAGUAUAAAUCAAUGCAACCAUUUUCUGGGCCUGUUUACCUCAUCAUUGGGUGAUGUGGAGCCAAAAACUGUUGCUGUGAGAUCCACUCAUCCAUCCGUCUGUCUGUCUGUCUGUCAGCUUCUCCCUGAAUCUCGUGUCUUUUCUCCACUUCCGGAGUGAUCUGUAAAGCACUGUUAAUCUGUAUAAUACAAACACCACGUGUAGGUCCACUAUAUAACCAACAGUCACUUUCAUUUAAUUUAUAAAUGUGAAAACGUUCUUUAAAUACACAGAACAAUCAUUUAUCUCCACAUCCUGUUAAUGUCACGACUGUUUUUGUUACCACGUAUCUUUGUGGGUGCUAUUUUGAUACGUGUUUAUAAAUGCCUCUACUUAACGUGUUCCUCAAUUUGGGGUACAAAGUAAAAGGAGACCAAAUGAAGUGGUGCACUACUUCUGGGGACGGUGGCCUUCUGGAGGCCACAUGGUGCAAAAAGCUUUUAGGAUCCAACCCUAAACCCUGUCAGCUUUGGUUAAAAGUCAGUCACACUGCAGUUGACUGCUAAACCAAAGGGUAAUGGCCACAAACUGGAGACUGAAACCACAAAGCCAAUGCAGAAGUUAAAAAGUCGCCCAGAAUGCAUUUUAUGGCUGAUAAAAGAGAGCACAUCUUCUUCGACCAUACAGACAGAGAGAGAGAGAGAAAUGCUUACUUAGGGUUAGCCCAAAUAUUUUUUGGUCAGUUUCUGAUGUUAUUUUUUAACAUCUUUGGUUUCCCUUUGUGAGGUUUCUACUUCCUGUUAUAGUUGGGUGUUCAAGGAGACUCGCAGAGCAACAACUUAAGAAAAAUUCAAAUCCAAGUAGAAGUUCCUGGGUCAGCCCUUCACGACACAGUGGUGUGUAACAGUGGCACAUUCUUCAUGGUGUUCAUCGUGAAGGCAUAAGCAGAUAACGAUACUUUAUCACGUCUUACACCAACCUCAAGCUGCGUCUUCUGUUUCAGGCUCCUUGUGGAUGUCCACACGUGCUUGGAAUUGUGCACUUCACCUGCUGAAUACCAAGUGAAUUCCACAGCGUGCAUCCUAAAACCUGCCUCGUGAAAAAUCAACGCCUUUCAUGCCAUCCCAUGUCCUAAAAACACGACGAGGAAGUCUGUAAAGGAAUCGAGAUGACACACACCGUACUGUAUAUGAUAAAUCAGCCAGAAAACAGUGGCGGGUUAGUCUUUACGAGAGCUGCUGUGAAGAUUGCACUUGAGCUUUCAGAUGGGAAGCCAUCGUUCCCUAGACAACUCCGGCUUCUCAGCCGUCUCGACAUGGCCCUCUUAAUGUUUUCCCUUCUGCUUUGUAAAUUUCCCCAGUGAAUCUCCAGCUGGAGCAGUAACAUUUCAAAAUGGAGCCCACUUCAUUUUAGAGGCCAUUUUUUUUCCUAUCGGUUCUCGAACAUGUACAGUACCACAUUUGUACGCCUCCCUUGUAGAACGUUUAGAGCAUCGCUUCUCUAGUGGAAGGUUAACAACCAAAGCCUAUAAAAGCUUCACUCAUGCUGCGCGGUAUAAAAAUGGAGUACACGCUUAGGGUACACACGCCAUUCGACUUGAGCUAUGCAUUCUGCUUUCAACUGUUAGCAUGCGACAUGCACUCGGCCUUCAAAAUGCAACAAAACUGCUGCUUUGCAACAAUCACCGAAGAACUUUGUAAUUAUUUAUAUCAGUCUCCUUUGCAAAUUCAGAUAUAAAGAUUGUAUACUAUUU